CACACACUCGCACGCUCAGCUCGCAGCAGCAGCCGGAGCUCUCGACACGUGCACACACAGAGCAGUCCGCACUCCUCCGUUAUCCUGCUUCAUUCUCUUUUCUCCCAAACACACACGCAGGGACACACACACUCUCUCUAUCUUUCUCUCGAUCUCUCUCUCUUGCUCUGUCUCACUCUCUUUCUCUCUUUUCACACACACAGAAAGCGAUGAGGCUUUAUUUCUGAAGCAGCCCUCGACAGAGGAGACGUGGCAGCCCGAUCGGGAGACUGACGCUUGAUGGAUUACGUUUUUUUCUACAAUCGAGGGGCAAACUGCAGCUUUUCUGUGACAUCAUGAACCCGAGCUUCAGGACAAAAGGACGGAAAGAGUAACGAGUUGGAAAAACUGGAGUAAGGAGAAGAAAGGAGAGAUCUAGAAAAGCCGGACUGUGAAGAUGCCGAAACGGAGAGAGGAGAUGCAGAGAGACGUGUGGACUCGGAUCUUGCUGGCGUGGAUUACGUGUGUGUGCUUCGGCUCCUCGGUGCCGUUUGUCGACCAGUCGCAAAGUUUAGAAAUGAGGCCGAGUUCAGAAAGCGAGACUUCACACCCGGAAGGACGACGCGUCCUCCAACGGGCCAAAAGGGGAUGGGUUUGGAAUCAAAUGUUUGUGCUGGAGGAAUUCUCUGGACCCGAUCCGAUCCUCGUUGGCAGGCUCCACACGGAUCUCGACGUUGGAAACAAGAACAUCCGGUACGUUCUGGCAGGAGAAGGAGCAGGAACCAUCUUUGCCAUCAACGAGUUGACGGGUGACAUCCACGCCAUGAAGAGGCUGGACCGCGAGGAGAAGGCGGAGUACACGCUCACGGCGCAGGUCAUUAACCGAGACAACAACGAGCCACUGGAGCCUCCGUCAGAGUUCAUCAUCAAAGUGCAGGACAUCAACGACAAUCCUCCGCAGUUCAUCGAGGGGCCGUACCAGGGCUCGGUGCCCGAAAUGUCGCCUGUCGGCACGUCGGUGACACGAGUCACAGCCACGGACGCUGACGAUCCGGUGUACGGAAACAGUGCCAAACUGGUGUACAGCAUUCUGGAAGGACAGCCGUAUUUCUCCAUUGAUCAAAACUCCGCAAUCAUUAAAGUGGCCCUUGCGGGGAUGGACCGAGAGAUGAGGGAGGAUUAUCUGGUGGUCAUUCAGGCUAAAGACAUGGGUGGUCACAUGGGAGGAUUAUCUGGGACCACCACAGUCACCGUGACGCUGACGGACAUUAACGAUAACCCGCCCAAGUUCUCAAAAGGAUCGUACGAGUUCACCAUCUCCGAAGACCUCGGCAUCGGGAAACCCAGCGGACGAGUGAAAGCCAACGACCGAGACAUCGGAGAAAACGCGAAAUCCACGUACAGCAUCAUAGCAGGAGACGAAAAGGACGUGUUUGAGAUCGUGACCGACUCGCAGACUCAGGAGGGAAUCCUCACUCUGAAGAAGCCUCUGGACUUUGAGAGUAAAAACUUUUACAACCUGACGGUUGUGGCGACCAACAUUCGGCCUUCAGCAACCGGAGCCCCGUUUAUGGACCAAACCACCAUCAAAAUCGUCGUAGAGGACGCGGACGAGCCGCCCGUCUUUACAAAGUCCACUUACGUGUUCGAGGUGCAUGAAAACGCCGCCAUUAACACCAUCGUCGGAACCGUUACAGCUCGAGACCAGGACGCUACACGCAGCCUCGUCAGGUACUCGAUCGAUCGGCACACAGAUCUGGAGAGACAGUUCAAUAUCCACGUGGACGAUGGGAAGAUCACGUUAGCCAAACCGCUGGACCGAGAGAGCGAUACGUGGCACAACAUCACCGUGACGGCUACAGAAGUCCGGAACCACAGUCAGAUCUCCAGAGCGAUCGUGGCGAUCCGAGUGCUGGAUAUAAACGACAACGCUCCUGAAUUCCCCACAGAAUACGAAGCCUUUCUCUGUGAAAACGGCAAACCCGGUCAGGUGAUCCAGACCAUCAGCGCUGUGGACAAAGACAAUCCAGCUCAAGGACACACCUUUCACUACAGACUGGAGAUGCCCAACAACCCCAACUUCACCAUCAAGAACAACUUAGACAAUUCCAUCAGCAUCCUGGCGAAGCACGACUCGUUCCGUCGGCAGAAACAGGAAGUAUACCUGCUGCCCAUUGUGGUGAGCGACGACGGAAAUCCGCCCAUGAGCAGCACCAAUACGCUGAGCAUCCGAGUGUGCGGCUGCAGUAAAGACGGCGUGGUUCAGUCGUGUAACGUGGAGGCCUUCGUCCUGCCCAUCGGCCUCAGCAUGGGGGCGCUGAUCGCCAUCCUCGCCUGCAUCAUCUUACUGCUCGUGAUCGUGGUUCUGUUUGUGACUCUGCGGCGGCACAAAAGCGAACCUCUGAUCAUCAAAGACGAGGAAGACGUUCGCGAGAACAUCAUCACGUAUGAUGACGAGGGUGGCGGUGAGGAGGACACGGAGGCGUUCGACAUCGCCACGCUACAGAACCCCGACGGCAUCAACGGCUUCCUGCCUCGCAAAGACAUCAAACCCGAGCUGAGCUACAGCGUCCGCGCCGGACUCAGACCUGCCGCCAACGGCGUCGACAUCGACGAGUUCAUUAACGUCCGGCUCCACGAAGCCGAUAACGACCCCACGGCACCGCCGUAUGACUCCAUCCAGAUCUACGGCUAUGAAGGGCGAGGAUCCAUGGCUGGGUCUUUGAGCUCGCUGGAAACUUCGUCGUCAGAUUCGGACCAGAAUUUCGAUUAUCUCAGAGAGUGGGGUCCGCGGUUUAGGAGACUCGGAGAGCUGUACUCUGUCGGUGAGAGCGACAAAGAAACUUGAGGCAUUACUGUUUUUUUCACCCUCAUGACUUUUGCAUUAUGGUGCUCGCCAGAUCAUGAUUAAAACUCAUCUGUUUCAAAAUGGCGGGAAACUUUCUUGUUUUGUUUUUGAAAACUGUUAGAGACAAGCAUACUAGGGUCGGUCAUCCACAUCCCAGUGUGUAACGGGGCUGAACUUCACCACCACAGUGUCUGUCGUAGGAGGUCACUGAUUCUUGUGGAGUCUUUUAGAUUAAGUGUUUUUGGCUCGUCGUUUGUUCACAGUGACCACCGGAAACAAAGGUCACCUCGAGUGAAAGGACAAUGUUUCAGAGAUGUGGAUGAACUUCUGAGGCCUCAAAAUGGUGCCGCACGUCUCCUUAACGUCAUCCAGCCAAUCAGAGGAAGAAGGAACCUUACAAAAUCGACUACAAAGCAAUAUAUGGUCUACUAUGUUGAAUGUAUGUGUGUAUGUUUAAAGGUGAGAUAAGUGUACAAUAUUGGCUUUAAUAGAUAUUAGUUGAGAUAGCAUUUGAUACCGAGUGGCCGGAUUUCCUGAAAAGCCUCGUGGCUUGCUUUAUACACCCCGUUUGUAUUCGCGCUCUUAGUGUGUUUCACACUCGAACAUUAGUAGCCUAUAACAGACUGAAGACAAGAAGAGAAAUGUAGAAACAACGAGGCCUUCUUUUUACAGAAGCAAACAUUAAAUACAGUUGUAUUUAAACAUUUUUUUGGAAACAUCAAUCGUGUUUACUUCAUUAGCGUAGUAUGAUUUAUAAAUACAGUAUAUGAAUAUUCAUUGUCUGUUUUGUGCUGCGGGUAUAAAAAUAUGGUGUCAUUUCAGUUACUCUUUUUCUGCUUUGCUUCAAUCGUCACCAGAAAGCUCUUUUUUUUUGUAAACGCUGAUAUCAGUUCUGCAGUCCAUCCUGUUUACACCUGGUCACUUCAUGCUUCUCUCUUUGAGGACCAGCAUUAUAUCUACAUCUCAGCAUAUCCGUAGAUCUGUGCACAAACGGCGUAUCGACGUAUCGUUGCAUAACUCAAACUUGAACAGUGUGUCACAAAUGACACCUCUUUCAGUAUAACAGGUGACAGUUCAAACCCUUACAGUACCAAUGCAAUGCUUCAUAACAGAAAACCCCUACAAGAUACUGCAUGAAAUCGUUAUGUCAUGGCUGAAAUCCCCUCUCAGAAUAACGUCAUGACUGAAACCCUUGCUCGAGAUUUUAAGUCGUGAUUGAAUUCCCUUCCUGUGCAUUAUGUCCUAACAGAAACCUGUCCCAUUGUACUGUAUUAAAUCAGAACUGAGAGCCCACAACACUUUAAGUCCUGACUGAACCCCCUUCUUGAACAUGAUGUUAUAACUGACACUCCACCCAGUCCAUUAUAUCAUAAAUGUUGGAACACUGUUGGCUCAAGUGAUUAAGGCUCUGGGUUGUUGUUUGGAGGAUCAGGGUUCAAGCCUCAACACCGCCAAGCUGCCACUGUUGGGCCCUUGAGCAAGGCCCUUAACCAUCUCUGUAUCAUGGCUGACCAUGUGAUCUGACCACAACCUCCAAAGUUGGGAUUUGUGAAGAAGCAAUUUCUCUGUAAUGUAGAUGUGACAAAAUAAAGGCUUCUAAUCUAAAAGACACUGACACGUCUGCGAAUGCAUUAUAAUAUACUUUUCUAUACAGCGCUAAAGCUCUGAACCCUUCAUCUCAGCAUCGGCUGAACCAGAACUCAAAAAUGUUCCAGAACUGAAACCUUUCCUGAUACGUCACUACUGACACCUCGUGCUGUACGUUAGAACAUGACUGAAACCCUCCUUACACGUCACGUCAGAACUGAAAACUCUUCCUGAUCCUUCACAUCGUGACACACACCUUUUCUGAUGUAUUAGAUCGGAGCUGAUGUUCUCUCAAUGAGUCAUGACUGAAACUUGACCUUGAUCAGUUCCACCAUCCUUUAGAAUCCUUAUUGAUAUACAGUAUUAGCUCAUGACCGUAAUCGUUCCUGAUACGAGCUAGCUCUUUCAGAAAGUCUUUCUACUUACUACUUGCCAUGUGUUACACUAAUAAGAGAUACCGUAGCUCCACGACAGCUAACUCUGGUACACGAGAAAGUCAGUCACGGGAUAGAGGACGACCUCAGUGUCAAACGUGAGCGUGACAAUCCAGUUAGAAAACGCAUGAACGGAUCAGGUGUAAACGGCGUCUGUGACGCUGACUGUGAGUCCACGGAGAACAGAUACUGUGUGUUUAUACGAAUCUACUGUAUACAGAGUACCAGUGAUCAUUCCAAGCACAAAUCUCCCCCCAGACUGUUUAGCGGAUCUGUGUAUAACCCGCCGGUCACGUAGAAACCCAUCAAUCAUAAACUGCAGACGUGUGUGUGUUAAGUUCCACACUGUAAGAUAGAAGAGAAAAAGGAGAAGAAAAAAAAAACAGACAUGUACAUAGUCACUGCAGACAUUCUUUAGCUUUCUUUCAGGACGUUUUGUUUCUGCACGUUAGCUCUUGGAGAUCAUCUGAACGGCGCUACAGCUGCCCGAGUUCCUCGCUCCGUUUCUACCCGUCCUCCAUAUGACGGUUUUCAGUAGAACCCAGACGAUAGACUUACAUGCAGAUCAUAUUUUCUACUGUGCUUUAACGCUUAUAUACUUGUAUGUUGAAUUAUUUACUCUGCGUAUUGUAAUCUAAGA